AUAGAAGCUUCUUUUAAUAUUUUAUAUAAUGACUCUGAAGUUAUUCUAUCUCAAAAUAUAUACCUGGGUACUUUACUUUCUCUAUUUGCUUAUCAAAUUCAUAUGAAGGCUUCUCCCAAUAUUUUAUAUAAUAAUUCUAAAGAAGCCUUUAUACCAUAUAUGGCUGGAUAUAUACCCGAAUACAUAUCAUCAUCUACUAUAUCCAGAUAUAUAUCUACAAAAGGGUGGUCUUUUUCUAUUAUUUUAUAUAAUAUUUUUGAAAAAGACUAUCCUAAGUAUCCAAAUAUACCUGA